AUGACGCUGGUCAGUGUCAUAUUCACAGGCAGACUUGGAGAGAACGAAUUAGCUGCUGUAGGUCUCGCCUUGUCCAUCUUCAACGUCACUGGCUUCUCCAUCAUGCAUGGUCUUCUCUCAACCUCCAUCACCAUCUUCUCCCAGGCAAGUUAUCCUCUUUUGACGGUUCCGACGUUCGGCAGUGGAAACAAAUUUCAAAUGGGCACUGAGCUUCAGAAAGCCUUUUACAUUGCCUCAAUUUGCUGCCUUUGCUGUUGGGGCAUCUUUCUUUCCAUCGAGCCUCUCCUCCUGGUCAUUCGGAUCAAUCCGCUCAUUGCAAAGAUGGCCGCGGAAUACCUGGUCUAUAUGAUGCCAGCUAUGAUUUUUGCUUCCAUUGCCAGCGUGAUGGAAAAAUACGUUCAGUCUCAGAAUAAAAUGAUGCCACCUCUAGUGGUAGGAGCAAUUACCAAUGUCAUCAACGCAAUUCUACACUACCUCCUUCUAUUCCAAGCUAAACUUGGUAUCAAAGGAUCUGCCAUUUCACAGUCUACGAGUUUCCUUUGUGCUGCCUCCCUAAUGAUGGCGUACUUCUACUUUUCAAAACUCUACAAAAAUACCUGGAAUGAGGCGGAAUUUGUUGAAGCAGUCUCAGAGCUUGGCCUAUUUGAAGUUGAGCCUUUAAAGUACUGACAGGCUCGACUUGAGGCCUCGAGCUUCAUGAGAAGGACGUCUUCUUUGUCAAUUGAGACCCCCGGUUUUAGCCACGAAAUGUGGUAUGACUGGGGGAACUGGCUGAAACUCGGCAUUCCUGGUCUCGCCAUGAUAGCGCUGAAGUGGUGGUACUUUGAACUUGGACUCAUUCUUGUCGGCCUGGGGGUAGCGUGCAGCAUAAUAGUUGGCCAAAGUCUCGGAGCGGGCAAGGCCUCAGCCCCACCUUCCACCAUUUUCGCUGGACUGCUUCUUACCACUAGUGGUAUGGUGACGGUUGCGAUCCUACUUGUUGUCCUUCGGUGGCACGUGCCGAAGAUUUUUACUUCCGACCCAGGAGUGAUUUCCAGAGCAGCUCAAUGUUUACCCCUCCUCAGCGUCUUUCUGAUUUUCGAAGGUGCUGUGGGUGUUAUGGGCGGGGCCUUUCGCGGCGCGGGACUCCAACCAGUGGGUGCCCUGAUUGUUUUCGUUUGCCUCUACCUCUUUUCGGGACCCCUAGGAUUUUGGCUUCUUCUCUCAACGCCACUGAAACUCAUGGGCCUUUGGGUUGGCUUCGUGAGCGGGCUUUUUGCGAUGUCCUCCGUGUACCUCAUUGUCCUUCUGCGCACCAAUUGGCAACAGCAAACCGUUCUGGUAUAUUCCAAUUCACACAUUUCAACGAAAUUGUUUAAGCCAUUGCGAUGUCAUGCUGAACGAACAAGUACGCGUAAAAACGAGUCACAUGAUGACCAGACGGAUAUUGUUCAGACUAUCUCAGAUGACGCGGACAUCUCUGUUGACGAAAAAAAUGAGCUCAGGGAGAAUUAUUCAGACCCCAGCGUGACUGAGCAUGCCGUGGAGAACGGACACAGCCGUCAUCUACCCUUCCGCAUCCUCGUUUCACGAGGCCUCCUCACAUUCAGCAUGCUUCUCGUGUUCGUCUGCGGUCUAACGCUCAAACUGUCUCUCCCUCUGUCUGACGUUUUCGGCUCUUACUGCCUGCACGCCAACGGCACCUUUGUUUCCAUUCCGUCUAACUUCACCACUGACGACAUAGACAUAUUUGCGCGGACUAAAAAUUGCACAAUUUUCACACCCUGA